AUGGGGACGGUUUCAAGCAAAAUCGAUGAUUCGGGGACUCUGUUCUUCAAGGAUCAGAACAGAUUUGCGAUCGCGAAUAUUACGGUUCUGAAUACGCAUGGGCAGGCACUGCUACAUCUUACACCAAAUGCAUUCCCGGCAUCAAGGUAUGUCGCUGCGCGCGAUACUGGCGAUGACAGCCCAGUGGAAUAUGUACAGGAUCCCGAUCCACCGCAGUCCACAUUAACGCCUUCUUUCCUGCUUCGUCUGAACAACGACGACGAACUCUCCUUCAGAUUCACAUUCAUCAUCAGGCAGACGCAGUCGGGCCAGGUCUUCAAUUCUAACAUCAACGGAGUGGCAACUUCCCUACCAGAGACUACGGAUACAAAUCUCAUGGGCCUAACAUUUGCGCAUGCAUCCAACAUCAAGGAACUCGACAAUCUCAUUACGAGAGAAUUCCAUGCAAAUCCGAACUUACAGAAUAACACAAAUGUACAGCUAGUUGGUGACUUCUCGACGAGUGGAAGUCCUUCUGUGCAGUUUGAUUGGACUUGGAAAUGGAAACCGCCAAAGGCAGUCGAAGACAAAGGCGGCGGUUGGCGCAACAGUUGUAGUUUUCUUGACUACGAUCAACGAACCAACCGCCUGAAUACCUUGGCAAACAUCACAUUCUGGGUCCAAAACACAAUACGCCCUGGGUCUAGCCCACAAUUGAUGUCACCGCCUAAUCUGGAUAUUGGGUAUCCUGCGCGCAAUCGCAUACCGUCAAGUCAAUCCUUUUUGUCGCAUUUGAGUGACACAGAAGGCCCCACUGGCACGGCAGGACAGUCGGUUAGCCCUGGAGAGUUGGCAACCCCUAUUCCACCAGCGUCGUCUUCUUCUGUGCCUGUAGCCAACAUGCCGGCUCCAGUCAAAGUCGACCUUCCGUCACGACAAGGCGAUGAUAUGAGCGCCGUAGAAGAUGGCCCGCUGUUCCGUGCUACGAUGAAAGCCUUGGAGCAGAAGACGGGAAAUAUGAGAACGAAGAUUAAGAAGGUGCUUAAGAAAGCCGAGGCGGCCCAUAUCGCGCAAUUAGCUUGCAACGAUGCCGUGUUAGGGUUUAUUUCAGCCCUAAACGAUGCGUCGAGCUCCAACGCUAAUGCUAUUCAACCCGCCAUGGAGCAUUAUUUCGAGAGAAUUGCCCGGGAGAUUCUCAAAUACGAACAAAUCAACGCCGUUCAGCUCCAGAAACUCGUCAUSGAGCCGUUAUCGAAAUUAUAUCAGAACGAUAUCAAGCAGGCAGAAUCCAAGAAGAAAGACUUUGAUGAAGAAAGUAGGGAUUAUUACGCCUAUGUUGGUCGAUACCUGGGACAACGGCAAGAUUCGUUGAAGGAGAAGAAACGUGUUGAGAGCGAUUCCAAGUAUCAGACGAAACGCCGAAACUUUGAGUUGAAACGGUUCGAUUACUCUUCUUUCAUGCAGGAUCUUCACGGCGGACGAAAAGAACAAGAAGUCUUGUCCCACCUUACAAAGUAUGCGGAGACACAGGCAAGAAACUACUUGUCAACAGCCAAGAAAGUGGAGGAUAUGCUCCCACAACUAGAGGCAUUGGUACGAGAAGUUGAUCAAGCUGAUAAGGAGUUCCAAUUCAAGCGCACGGAACGUGAAGAGAAACGAAGAGCUUUGGAGAAGAGCAGCAAGACUUAUGUUGAACCGGACAGUGUCAGUACCACGGCUGCAAUAGGUGCAGUGACUAGUGCGCAGCAACCGGAGUCGGAGCUCAAUCGAGCAGAUAGUACUGGCUCGCAGCUUAGAAGCGUGCACAGUAACACUUCGUCAAUCUCCUCGCAAAACGCCCAAUCUCCCGGCCCAGCCGGUUUGACUAGCUCACUCUCUAACGCAAGUUCGACUGGCGGAAAUCGAUUCAAGGGUAUUCGCGAUCUUGAGGAACGUGAUAAUUCGUUGGUUGUUGGCUCUGACAAACAAGGAGGUCCUCAAAGAAAGGAAGGCUUGCUCUGGGCUUUGUCGCGGCCGGGUUCGCAUAUUGAUCCUAAGGGUAUUAAUAAACAAGCAUGGCAUAAGUUUUGGAUCGUGCUGGAUCAAGGCAAACUGUCUGAAUAUAGUAACUGGAAACAACGGCUGGAUCUGCAUAUAGAGCCCAUCGACCUUCGUAUGGCCUCUGUUCGGGAGGCUAGAAAUGCAGAACGUCGUUUCUGCUUUGAGGUGAUUACCCCUCAAUAUAAGCGCAUAUACCAAGCAACUUCAGAAGAGGACAUGAGUAAUUGGAUAACGGCUAUCAACAACGCCUUACAAAGUGCCGUUGAAGGGCGUGGUGCGCCGCCAUCCAUGCCCCCACCAUCGACGCACAACGAGAGCAGUUCCAUCAGGCGUGAUAUCGGUUCAAUUCUGACCGGUAAAAGCUCUUCCUAUUCUGGACAACACGGUUAUUCCACUACCGCAUCGUCAAAUACAAACAGUGUCAAUCGACGAACGACUGUGGGUGCACGGCCGAGCUAUAUUCGCAGCGAUAGUAACAGCUAUGAAGAGAACCCCGCCAGACUAUUGCAGACAAUCCGGGAUGCCGACCAUGGUAAUAAGUGGUGUGCGGACUGCGGGUCUACGCUCAAGGUUGAAUGGGUAUCGAUCAACCUCGGAAUCGUGCUGUGCAUAGAGUGCAGUGGGAUCCAUCGUUCUUUGGGAACCCAUAUUUCCAAAAUUCGAUCGUUAACGUUGGAUGUGAACUCUUUCUCGAAUGACAUUGUGGAGAUUCUGUUGCAGGUUGGAAACAGGGUCAGUAAUAUGGUAUGGGAAGCGACAUUGGAUCAAUCAUUGAAGCCACAAGCACAAUCGACCCGAGAACAACGAUUAAAAUUCAUAACUGCCAAGUACGGUGAUCACGCAUACGUCCAACCACUAGCAGCGGGGAUGUCUCAUUAUACUACUCCAAACGAGACGCUGUUGGCCUCGAUUAAGAAGAACGAUAUACAAGGCGUCCUUUACGGAAUUGCAUUGAGAGCCAAUGUCAAUGCUACAGAUCGGUCACGAAACACGCAUGCUGUCUUUCUUGCCCUCGCCGCCGCUGACCCAGCCAUCCCCGGUUCUACAUCACCCGGAUUCUCUCCAAUGAGCACAGCCAAACAACCACCGCCCAAACCCAUUCCCUUCCCUAUUGCCGAACUGCUCGUACAAAACGGAGCAGAGAUCCCGCAACAACCAGCACCUAUACUUCUUUCACCAGCAGCACAAUUAUAUAUCAGUCAACGCACGGCUACCGUGUCAAGCUCCUACUCAUCAUCAACAUCAAGCGCCACAACUAAUAAUAAUAUACCGAGCUCCGGCAGAUCAUCGGCCACCGACACUUUGUCCUCCCUACCCCUGAUCAGAGGGGGAUCGACUUCUGAAUCACAUUCGGCGGCGCAUGCUCUUGCACCGCUAGACAGUAGGGAGCGAGAAAAACUUCAAAAGAGAGGUAGUGCUGGUGCAAGAUUUGCAGGCAAAGUUUCAUCUUUGGGCAUUGAUAAGUGA